AAGAUGGCGUCACCCUACAAGUGGAGAUGUGUUUGUAUGCUGCUCUGUUUAAGCUUAAUAUGUACUCUGGCAGCUAAUGAUGGGAAAGACAAAAAGCCGAAAAAGAAAAAAGACAUCCGGGAUUACAACGAUGCUGAUAUGGCAAGGCUAUUGGAACAAUGGGAGAAGGACGACGACAUCGAAGAAGGCGAUCUCCCAGAACACAUGAGGCCCCCUGCACCUGUAGAUUUCUCGAAAAUAGAUCCAUCGAAGCCAGAGGAGCUCCUUAAAAUGACUAAGAAAGGGAAGACCCUCAUGGUUUUUGCCACCGUGUCCGGAAAUCCCACAGAGAAGGAGACCGAAGAGAUCACCAGCUUGUGGCAAGGAAGCCUCUUCAACGCCAACUUUGACAUUCAAAGGUUUGUGGUAGGAUCCAACCGUGUCAUCUUCAUGCUGCGUGAUGGGAGCUACGCGUGGGAGGUGAAGGACUUCCUGGUGUCGCAGGAUCGCUGCGCCGAUGUGACUGUGGAGGGCCAGGUGUACCCUGGGAAGGCAGCAAAGAAAGAUGGCGGGGGCAAGGAACAGAAUGAAACCGCUCAGAAGAAGAAGAGCAAGAAUGGGGACAAGAAGCCAAGCAAAGGGAGCAGUAAAAACAGGCAGGAACUGUGAGCACUUUUUCUAUGAAACUCGGAGAGGGGUUCAGAGGUACAUGAAUCAGCUGUUCUUUUCAGGCACACCUCUCAGUAACAUUAUUCCUCAGUCAAGGUCAAGGAGAAUAGUCGGGGAGGAGACUAUAUGGUUGUACUGUAAAGUUUACUGUUUCUGUCACCGUAAGCGCAACACCUGGUGUUACGGUGCAAAACCUUUUUUUUCUGUUAAUGUGUUAAUGAUUUACCAUCCCUGCCAUGGCUGAACUAUGCCAGAGUACACCAUCUUUCAUUAAUCAUGACGUAAGUGUCAGAAAAAACAUCCCUUUAAUAUCGCCUUUGAAACGGUUGUCAGUAGUACACAUUUGUAUAUAUUUAAUGAGUAUUUUGCCAAGAAACAAAUUAACUGCACUAUGAUCUUGAUCUUUUUGCCCAUUUCUUUGUCUUUGAUUACAUCACAAUCACUGUUAAUAUUUUGGAGUGAAGUUAAUUUCAGUGUUCUUAAUCUCAGUGAAUUGUUUUCUUAAAAAAAAAAAACUGCACUGCUGUGUAAAAUGAGAACAUUUGCUGUUAAUUAGUCAGAGCAUUAUCACACCAACUUCAGGAACUUAAUUGGUUUAAUGUUUGGUUCAGCGUUCAUGGUACGUUGCACACAAUGUCAUUGCCUUGAUGUACAGGACAGCAGACCAACUGUGGAAUAAACCUUUUUUUAAAAAAAAAAAAAAAAACAAACAAAAACAUACCUCCAAUAAUUUUAUGACUUUUCUAUUUUUUACCAAAAAGUGUAGAUUCUUCCUCAAAUAAUCCAUUAAUGAAUGGUAAAUGUAGUCAGCACUCAUUCUGAGAGUCACAGAGUUGGACCAUAUGGGACUCAACAACCAGCACACACCAAGAGACCCAGGUUUAAAAAUGAGACUGCUGGAAGGGAAUGAGGCUGCUCCCUUAGACAAAGAUGUCAAACUGAAUACCUGGAGGGCUGGUGUAAAUGAUGGUUUUUGUUCCAGCAAAGUACCCUGGCUUAAUUGGUCCAGUUUGUCAUUUAACUGCGUAUGUUCGCACACAAUUUUUUUGCCCGAAGCAGUAAAAUAUUUGAGAAUAGGGCACACAUACA